AUGGAGACCUUCGUGAAAGUUUCCGGUUGUGAAGUACUCUCGACGGACGGUCGCGUUCUGUUCUGCAAAGUCGGCGAGAGAGAAAUCUCGGCCGAUAAGAAGUUCGCGGUUUCACAACACGUGAACGGAAUUACCGUUACACUAUUAGCUUCUGGGAAGCAAUCGCAAUUCCAUCUCGACCUCUGUGAUGCCUUCUUGUCAAGUGGCAUACCGCUUUUCAAAUUGGACCACGGAAAACUAAGAUCGUUUUUCGGGAAAUACGUGAAACAUCAGGUGCCGAGUUCAUCCGCGUUGCGCAAAAACUAUAUCAGGAGCAAGUUGGACUCUAUCAGAAGCCAUGUCGCUGGGAAGUUCAUAUGGCUGUCUGUCGAUGAAACGACGGAUGCUACAGGUCGUUUUGUAGCCCAUGUUGUCGUCGGGACUAUGGAGACGACAUUCAGCCGAAGUAUUCUUCUGCACUGCGAAAGUCUAGAGACGACAAGCGGUAUUACAAUAUCGCAGGUCUUCGUCAAUUCCUUGACGCUCCUCUGGCUCCAGCAAAUCCAGCACGACCGUGUGCUCUUGUUUGUGUCCGACGGCGCAGCCUACAUGAAAAAAGCAGGCACGGCUCUCGAAGUAGACAAGCUCGUCUCGAAUGGCAAGAAACUUUUUUUGAAGUCAGCUCCAAGGACAACAACUUUUCGCGAGAAGGCACCCGGGAUACCUCUGCCGCCUCAACCAAUCCUGACGCGAUGGGGAACCUGGAUUACCGCCGCUUUCUAUUACGCCGAGAAUUUCGAGGCUUUCGCGGUGGUUGUCCAGUCCAUGGACGCGUCUGAGGCCGCGAGCAUUGCGCUAGCUCAAGGAUUGUUGAAGGACGAGUCCCUGAAACGAGAUCUCGCUUUCAUCAGAAGUCAUUUCGGUCACCUACCACCUGGCAUCGAGAAACUUGAAAAAAAGAGACUUCUCUAA